AUGGAGCUCUGUGAUGGGAAUCUAAGCCAAAGGAUCCGGGCCCCGGCGCUGCCGUCCCAUCGGGGUCCCUCUGACUUAAAUUCACCUUCUCCUACUCAAGUCCCUCACACCGGGUUUGGUUCCAUCCCACUCAAUAGCAAAAGCGGUAUUCCCCCAACGAGCAGCGUCGCGGGUUUGACACCUAUUGGUCCAAAGGAGGCGGUUUUGAUUAUCCACGACAUUGCCUGCGGUAUCGCCUAUCUUCAUAAACAGGGCAUCAUCCAUCGUGAUAUAAAGCCGGCGAAUAUUUUGUUCACCAAUGACGUUGCCAAGCUUGGCGACUUCGGCUCGGCUGUCAGGGUUCACGAGAAGCGACCUCUGACGAACAUGAAGGGCACACUUUCCUACAUGGCCCCCGAGGUCAUCCUGGGCGAUCCGUACGGAAAGCCGUGUGAUAUGUGGUCUUUUGGCUGCGUGUUGGCUGAUAUCAUGGGGCUCGACCUGGCCCACGUGAUCGGAUUGCAUAUUCCAGCCCUCAUUGAGUUGUAUGGAUCACUGAGCAUGGACGAGAGCCUGCCCGUGACGAUAGCCAACCUCACCCUUUCUCGUCUGGAAGAUGUGGCCCCGGCUACCACCUCACGCGGUGUCCUUGAGGCCGUGCGUGCGGCAUCAACCCAAGCCGCAAAGGAGCGAGAUGAGUUGGGGAGUCUUUUUACCAACCCCAACACCCCCAAAUCGACCCCCGAAAAGUCCCCUUUUCCCUGCACCCACGGCAGCGUAUCGGAGCCUCAGGUCUUGAAUGUCACUUCGAUGGUGCCGUCAAACGAUUUUUCACGCUCCCGGGGGCCACGUUCCCCCUUCCAUCUCGGCGCUAGCAAUGGAGGGGGGGUGGACUACAUGACGCGAAGCUGCAGUAUGUCCCCGCAGCUCCCCGCGACCUUACCCAUCGAAGACCCCAUCGGCGUCCCACUUAUGAUGCGGCACACCCGAUUUUUGUAUGAAUUUCCAAGUAAUUCCGACAGACGCCAACCCCAUCCAGCCAACAAAGGUCGCUUCGACCCCACCACGGAAAGUUCCACCCUGACGGUCGCCCGCACAGUCAUUUGCAUCAGUAUUAAUAAAAACUCGAUUAUCAGUACGCAAAUGGUCUCCCUCCCUCGUUCUUUGGUGGAACUUCUAGAGUCGUUAUUUCAUCGUGAUCCCGCCAAGCGGAUGACGAUUGAGGAAUUGCUGGAGCAUCCGGUCUCAUGGAACGUUGAAUGGAUGACAAACGUGACGAACGCUCUUCAACAGGUAAACGAAAGCAUAAUGAGUGCUAAUAAUGCAGGAAGCAAUCCUGGUGUCUCUUCGUCGUACUCUUUGAAUAACGCACGUUUAGCACAGCAGAUGGGCGGCGAUCGGGUGGUAGGAAUCGGUUCAAGAGGCAAUGCAUUUGAAGAAAAGUUAUCACUCUCACUGAAUUCUUCCCCGUUAUUCGUAUCCGAUGAUGCUGGCACUCAAAAAGUAUAA